CUAUGAUUUUGUUGGAAAUCAAUAAUCGUAUCGUCGAGGAGACGUUAUUGGUGAAGUUCCGAAAUGCCUUGGCCGGAUUAAAACCAGAAUCAAUAGACAUAAAAAUAGCAGACUUUGAUGGUGUGUUAUUUCACAUAUCCAACAUAAAUGGCGAUAAGACUAAAGUUCGGACAAGCAUUUCUUUAAAAUUCUAUCAACAAUUACAAGAACAUGGUGCCGAUGAAUUGCUCAAGCGUGAAUAUGGCAGUCUGUUAACUGAAACGGAAGAUGGCUAUAAUGUGUCCGUACUUAUUAAUUUAGAAGAUAUACCCGAUGAUUGGGAACAAGUUGCCAAAAAGAUUGGCCUGCUGAAACGUAAUUGUUUUGCGUCCGUUUUUGAAAAAUAUUUCGAUUUCCAGGAACAGGGUGAAGAAGGCCAAAAACGUGCUGUUAUCAAUUAUAGAAACGAUGAGACUUUGUAUGUUGAGGCCAAAGCGGAUCGUGUUACUGUUGUUUUUAGUACCAUAUUCCGUGAUGAAGAUGAUGUUGUUAUAGGUAAAGUUUUUAUGCAAGAAUUACGUGAAGGUCGUCGUGCAUCGCAUACUGCACCACAAGUGCUCUUUUCGCAUCGUGAACCACCCUUGGAAUUGGCCAAUACGGAGGCUAAAGUUGGCGAUAAUAUUGGUUAUGUUACAUUUGUGCUCUUUCCACGUCAUACUAAUAAGGAAACUAGAGAUAAUACCAUUAAUUUAAUACACAUGUUCCGAGAUUAUUUACAUUACCACAUUAAGUGUUCAAAGGCUUACAUUCACUCAAGAAUGCGUGCAAAAACUUCAGAUUUCUUAAAGGUUCUUAAUCGUGCAAGACCCGAACAUAAGUCCCUUGAAAAGAAGACCAUAACGGGGAGAACAUUUAUACGCAAAGAAUGAUUUAUGGACAAUGUCUAGUUGUUUUUUUAUUAAUGUAUUAAUUUUUUGUAUUAUUAAACGAAAUAAAUCUAUAAACAAAAUGAAACAUCAGAGAAAAAUAACAACAAUAA